AUUUAAAGCAUUGACCACCAUCUUUCCACUUCUUUUCUCGGAUUAACUUGAAUCCCUGAAUAGCUUCGAUUUCUAAAUUUUGGUUCGCAUUCAGGGUUCAAUCAGCUCUUGUUUGCUGAGCGUCCACCAAUUGACCGACAACCCAUCACUCCUGGUUGUGACAUGAUAUGAUGUUACAACCACGGAUAUUCUCCCUCGCUACUCGGAGGGCGUUGACGAGUUGUCAAAGUCCGUCUUCCUCAAUACUCGCCCUCCGGAGUUAUGCGACAAUCCACGAGGCUGCACCACCUCCCGAUCCCGCAGUCGAUCAUGUACCCUCUAUCCCGAAAGAUGACCAGGCACCUCCUAAGCCGGCAAGGGAUUAUACUCCAGCUAAAUCUCAAGCUGGAAAGGAGUCGACAGUAAUAAUGCGCAUCUAUAAGCCUAGAACACCCGGUCAACGACAUCUAAGGCGACCUAUCAACGAUCACUUAUGGAAAGGCAGACCCUUUCUUCCCUUAACAUUCCCCAAGAAGGGUAUGGCAAAGGGUGGCCGCAACAAUAAUGGCAAAGUUACAGUCCGACAUCGUGGUGGUGGUGCAAAGCGAAGGAUACGAACAGUAGAUUUCCAUCGUUGGAUCUCAGGACCUCAUCUCGUCGAACGAAUCGAGUAUGACCCUAACCGAAGUGCUCAUAUUGCGCUGUUGAACGAGGAAGCUACCGGAAAGAAGACAUACAUAAUAGCCCCCGAGGGUACGAGAGCUGGCGAUGUACUCCAGAGUUUCCGAUCUGGUAUCCCUCAAGAUCUUCUCGAGAGUAUGGGUGGAGUUAUUGAUCCUGGUAUUCUAGCGGCUAAAACAGCCCACCGUGGGAACUGCCUACCGCUACACCUUAUUCCCAUUGGUGUACCUGUGUUUAACAUUGGGUCCCAUCCGAAAGGAGGUGCUGUGUUCUGUCGAAGUGCGGGCACUUUUGCCGUUGUCGAGAGUAAGGAUGAAGAGGUGAGAGAAGAUGGUGUUAGGGUUAUGACUGGCAAAUAUGUUACUGUGAAGCUGCAGAGUGGAGAAGUUCGAAGAGUCAGCAAGGACGCCUGCGCGACCGUUGGUGUCGCCAGCAACCCCCACCACCACUACCGACAGCUUGGUAAGGCAGGUAGGAGUCGAUGGCUAAACAUUCGGCCAACGGUACGUGGUGUGGCGAUGAACAAAGUGGAUCACCCUCACGGUGGUGGUCGUGGUAAAUCAAAGGGUAACAGAAACCCAACGAGUCCUUGGGGUACACCGGCAAAAGGUGGUUUCAAGACACGGAGAAAUAGCAACCCCAACAAGUGGGUUGUGGUUCCGCGACCGCGGAACAUGGGCAAACGGAGAGACAAGAAGGGCAAGGGCACAUAGAGUUGUCCAUACUCGAGCUGAACCUAUAUGCUCCGUAUAUAUGUACAAUUUAGAGCCUUGCCUGGCAGAGCAAGGCAUGUAUCGCACUGUACUAUAUGAUUUACGCCUAAGCGCAGUACUUGUGAUAUCUGCCUCGGGUGAUUAUGCAUGCGUGGUAAGUUCAAU